UGCCGAUUUGGCGAGUGGUGACUGACUUUAUUUGCUCGCAAAUUCUCGAAAUAAAUACCAUUAUUAAAAUGUUUUGUAAGCUAUUUAGUUAUUCCCACUUACUUCUAGUAUCCAUAUUUACUACUAGUAUUUUAGCGGAAUGGAAUACUAGGGACUAUGUGAGAAGAGAGCACUCACUAACAAAACCUUACCAAGGCACCGGGGUAACUGUUCCUUACUGGGACUUCACAGGUAGUGCUAUAGUAACCUCAAAUUAUGUGCGGCUUACACCAGACAUGCAAUCAAAGAAUGGGGCUAUUUGGAACACUAAGCCGUGUGAGACCAGAAAUUGGGAGCUCCAAGUCCAGUUCAAGGUGCAUGGACGAGGGAAAGACCUGUUCGGCGAUGGACUUGUCAUUUGGUACGUGCGGGACCGCAACCAGCAAGGCCCCGUGUUCGGCUCCAAGGACUACUUCAGCGGGCUGGCCGUGCUGCUCGACACCUACAGCAACCACAACGGCGCUCAUACUCACCAACACCCAUACAUCUCUGCGAUGGUGAACAACGGCUCGCUGCACUACGACCACGACCGCGACGGCACGCACACGCAACUCGCCGGCUGCGAGGGCAAGCUGCGCAACAUGGCGCAUGACACGCACCUCUCUAUAGUGUAUAGGGACGACACACUUACAGUGUCAACGGACUUGGAGGGCAAAAACGCGUGGAAAGAGUGCUUCAGAGUGGAGGGUGUCCUUCUCCCCACGGGCUACUACUUCGGCGCGUCGGCGUCCACCGGCGACCUGAGCGACAACCACGACAUCAUCGCUAUCAAGUUCUACGAGCUGGAUCUGCUGGAGACGCAAAACAAAGACGAAGACCGCUCGAACAUAAUCCCUUCAGCCGCUUCAUUCGAGGCGCCCCGAGACCACGUGGACGACGCCAAGCCAGCAAUGUCGGGCAUCAAGACCUUCCUCUGGAUGAUGUUUGUGGCGAUCGUACUGAUUGUACUGGUUGUACUCGGAAUCAUGUGGUACCAGAAACGACAGGAGCAGUCGAGAAAACGAUUAUAUUGAACGCAGCCAAAAACGGAAAAGUCGCGUUUGGUUUUUUACGAACGCGACUUUUUCGCUUGUUUGGCGCGCUUUGAUGUGACAAAUGCGUUCAGAGUUUUUUUGUUCACUGAUUUAUAUUUUUUUCGACAUUCCGGUUAUUGUAUUCUGAACGCAUUGUGAUAUUUAAAAAAUGUAGAUCAAAUUCUACAAAU